UUGAUUUUCUUUUCUUUCUUUUUUCUUUUCUCUUUUUUUUAUUUCUUUUCUUUUUCAUUCAUUUUUUCAUUUCCUUUUCUUUUUUCUUUUCUUUGUUUUUUUCUUUUUCUUUUUUCUUUCUUUUUCAUGUUUUUUUCUUUUUCUUGUUUUUUUCCUUUUCUUUUUCUUUACGUUUUCUUUUCUUUUUUCUUGUCUUUUACUUGUUUUUCUUUUUUUCUUUCUUUCUUUACUUUUUCCUUUCUUUUUCUUUUCUCUUUCGUUUUCACGUCUUUUCUUUUUUCUUGUCUUUUAUUUUGUUUCUUUCCUCUUGUUUUUUCUUCUUUACUUUUUUCUUUUCUUUUUUCUUUCUCUUUCACGUCUUUUCUUUUUCUUUCCUUUUUUCUUUCUUUUCUUUUUCUUUUUUCUUUCUUUUUCGCGUCUUUUCUUUUCUUUUUUCUUUCUUUUCUUCUUUUCUUUUUUCUUUCUUUUUCACGUCUUUUCUUUUUCUUUUCUUUUGUUUUUUCUUUGUUUUUUCUUUGUUUUUUCUUUCUUUUUCACGUCUUUUCUUUUUCUUUUCUUUUUUUUCUUUUCUUCUUUUCUUUUUCUUUUUUCUUUCUUUCUUUUUCACGUCUUUUCUUUUCUUUUUUCUUUCUUUUUCACGUCUUUUCUUUUUCUUUUCUUUUUCUUUCUUUUCUUCUUUUUCUUUCUUUUUCACGUCUUUUAUUUUUCUUUUUUCUUUCUUUUUUUCUUUAUUUUCUUCUUUUUCUUUUUUCUUUCUUUUUUCUUUCUUUUCUUCUUUUCUUUUUUCUUUUUUUUUCACGUCUUUUCUUUUUCUUUUCUUUUUUCUUUUUUUCUUUCUUUUCUUCUUUUCUUUUUUCUUUCUUUUUCACGUCUUUUCUUUUUCUUUUCUUUUCUUUUUUCUUUCUUUUCUUCUUGUUUUUAUUUUCUUUCUUUUUCUUGUUUUUUCUUCUUUACUUCUUUUCUUUUUUCUUUUUCAUGUCUUUUCUUUCUUUCUUUCUUUCUUUCUUUCUUUCUUUCUUCUCUCUUUAUUUGUUUAUAUAA